GCUUCUCCCCAUUGUCUCUCCACUUCUUGUUUUGGUAAACCACUUCUGGUUACCAAAAAAAACCCACCUCUCUUACAUUCUUCAAAGUCGCAAAAUCUUUACCAAAAGAGAGAGAGAGAGAGACCUAACUUAAAAAAAUCAUACUCUUCUUGAGUACUGCAUUUAAGUUUCUUUUGUUUUGUUUCUCUCAUUAAAACAAGAAGAAGAACUUAAGAAGAAGAAGUAAAUGAAGAGGUCUCCUACUUCCCCGUGCUCUUCUUCUUCAUCAUCUUCAUAUUCAUCUUCUUCAGCUUCAUCUUCUUGUGUCGGUCCUGAUGAUACUCCUGUCGCUCCUGGUAGUCAUCAUCAUCAUGAUCACCACCAAUUACGAUCGCAGAAAUCAUCCAAACGCAUUAGAAAAGUUAAAAAAAAGCAGCAGAACCAUAAUAUUGAUCAGAAUAAUACUAACACCACUAUUACUGCUCCUACCUCUGCCAGAAGAAGCUCCAUUUACAGAGGAGUCACCCGGCAUAGAUGGACGGGAAGGUUUGAGGCACACCUUUGGGAUAAGAGUUCAUGGAAUAACAUUCAAAACAAGAAGGGAAGACAAGGGGCCUAUGAUAAUGAAGAAGCAGCUGCUCAUACUUAUGACCUUGCUGCCCUUAAGUACUGGGGACCAGAGACAACCUUGAAUUUCCCCAUAGAAACAUAUCCUAAAGAGCUUGAAGAGAUGCAAAAGAUGAGCAAGGAAGAGUACUUGGCAUCUCUUCGACGCCAAAGCAGUGGGUUUUCCAGAGGAGUUUCUAAGUACCGUGGGGUUGCUAGGCAUCACCACAAUGGUCGAUGGGAGGCACGAAUCGGACGAGUUUUUGGCAACAAGUAUCUCUACCUUGGCACUUAUAACACACAAGAGGAGGCAGCAGCAGCAUAUGAUAUGGCAGCAAUUGAGUACAGAGGAGCAAAUGCUGUGACCAAUUUUGAUAUCAGCAAUUACAUAGACCGCUUGAAGAAGAAAGGCAUCCUUUUAGACCAGAUACUCCCUGAUCAACCACUUAGAAAAUGCUCUAGCGAAUCUGAAGAAGCAGAAGCAGAAGCAGAAGUUGAACGACUGCCGUCACUGCCCUCAUCGAUAUUACCACAAGAACAGGACACAAUCUCACCACAACUUCAAUGCACACAGCUCCUUCCAUCCAUGGACUCUUGCACAAUGAUUAAUAUGGACCCUAUCGAAGAUAAUGAGCUCACCUGGAGUUUUUGCUUGGAUUCUGGGCUGACCCUUUUCUCAGUACCCGAGCUCCCCCUCGAAAAUGCUUGCGAGCUACCGGACUUGUUCGAUGACACAGGCUUUGAAGACAAUAUAGACUUGAUAUUUGAUGGGUGUUGCUUUGGAAAUGAUGAUGACGGUGGUGGUGGUGCCAACCACCAGGAAUUUAUGGUGGAAAGUAGAGGAUGUAGGGUAGGGGAGGUUGGGAUUUCAGGGAGCAUGGAGGAGGAAAACGGGAAGGAGAUGUGUUGCAGUUCAAGUUCGCCAUCUUGUUCAACAACCACCUCGGUUUCUUGUUGUAACUAUUCUGUUUGAAUUGCCGUUUUCUUUGGUUCUGGUUUUAGCUUUGGUCGAGGUUUGUUUGUUUGUUUGUGGGUAGAUAUAAUAUCACAUGGGAAAUCAGAGGAUGGGGAAAAUGUACUUUUUUUCGAAAGUAAUUGGUGUGUUGAUCGCCCCGAUAUGCAUAUCCGGAACCUCAUCUAUUUCCAAUAACAAAGUUAUUAUAGUUGAUAGAAUAAAUAAAACUUCUAGGCUCCUUUUAAAUUUUUUGAAA